AUGGUGUUUGCCGACGCCGGCAGGCGUUCACCCGAACGACGGGGGAGGAGUCCCAGUGUGGUCAGCGCUAUAGGCCAUCGAUCACGACACAACAGCAGUGCUCGAACUGCUCCUGCUCAGCCGCCCUCCCCCGAGACACACCCUGCAGCGAACGUAACUCUACUGGCAGAUGAAAAGCCUGUUGCAAGCGGCAAUGGCGUCUCUGUCUCCAUCGCACUGGCAGAGCCAGUCUUGUUUCUGCAGGGCUUUGAUCCUAACGACCCAUCCACUCAUAGCACCACAAUGCUCCGUGGGAGUCUUCUCUUGAGAGUGCAAAAGCAGGCAAAGUUGAAAUCAAUAUCUCUGAACUUCCGGGGCAAAUCAGAAACGGAGUGGCCGGAAGGAAUACCUCCCAAGCGCGUCGAAUUCCGAGACACCACCACAAUCAUGAACCAUACAUGGUCGUUCUUCAAUGCUCAGAUCCCCCAAGCCGAGUAUAGCUAUGGUGCAGACAUUGUCCAGCUCUCCAAGGGUGCUUCAGUGGAAUCGAAAGAAGUUGGCGUUACAGCUUCGUCAUUUGACCUCUUCCAGCGUAGUGCCUCUCCCGCCAAGGGGCACCCAUCUACCCGUGAUCUCAAGCGGCUGUCCCUCCAGGCAAAUCAUUCGAGGAGCUUUGGUAAAGGUGACACAAUCAAUGGGGGCCCGACAGUCGCUCAAAGGGGAUUUAAAGUGUUCCAUCCCGGGGAUUACGUCUACAAUUUUGAGCUCCCACUCGACUCGAGGUUGCCGGAAUCUAUCAGUGUCGACCUCGGCCAUGUCAAAUAUGAGUUGGAGGCCCUCGUCGAGCGUUCCGGGGCCUUCCGUGCUAACCUAGUAGGCACGAAGGAGUUGACAUUAAUCCGAGCGCCCGCAGAGGGGUCCUUGGAACAGGUCGAACCUAUUGCAAUAUCUCGGAACUGGGAAGACCAAUUACACUAUGAUAUUGUGAUUUCUGGGAAAUCUUUUCCACUCGGUUCGACGGUGCCCAUUGCUUUCAAACUGACUCCCCUCGCCAAGGUCCAGUGCCACAGGAUCAAAGUGUUCGUGACGGAGAACAUACAAUACUUCACAAACAAUAAAAAGGUACACAGGCUGGAACCAACGAGAAAAGUGCAACUUUUCGAAAAACGGGCCGAUGGACAUAGUGUGACAUCCUACCCCGGAAGUUCAAUGCGGAUUCUGGCAGGUGGUGGUGUCCCCUACGACUAUCGUCAACAAGCUGCUGCUGGUGACGAGGAUAUCCCUAGAGACCAGACGAACUUGCUCGGCAACCUGGAUAACGACGCUGGAAGUAUUGGUCCUACCGAGAUGGAAUUCAACGUGCAAUUGCCAAGCUGUCAUCAGAUGAAGGACAAACUGCGAAGCGAGCGAUUACACUUCGACACCACAUACUCCAAUAUUCAGGUCAACCAUUGGAUCAAGAUUGUAAUGCGACUCUCUCGGCCAGAUGAGAAUGACUCAACGAAGCGGCGCCAUUUUGAGAUCUCCAUUGACUCCCCCUUCAACAUUCUCUCUUGUCGCGCAACACAGGCCAACAUCUCUCUUCCCGCCUACAGCGCCGGCGAUGGUCUUCCGGCCUCCACCGACGAGUUUGAGUGCGGAUGCCCAGGCGCUGCAAUCAGAAGACGAAACACUCCGCCCAUAUCCCAAAGUCGUAUUCAGUCUAUCAAUAUAUCUACAGAUUUCGGGGCUCCAGCACCUGGUGUGAGCCGAAGUUGGACGAAUGACACAGGUGGCUUGACAAUGCCUACACAGGCACACGUGCACAACGACCCCAAUGCUGGACAAUCAAGACCUAUACACUUGCUGAGAAGUCCCUCAUUCAACCCGCCGGCCUUUGAUGACGACGACCCACCCCCACCCUUGGUGACUCCGCCUCCCUUGUACGAUAACAUUGUCCCUGGAGAUUCAACAAGCGCAUUGGCGGAUUAUUUUGCGCGCCUCGCGGACGAAACAUCCGACGAAGACGAUCGCUUGGAUCGAUCACGUGUAGAUUACCCCCUUACUCCUGGCGGGCGGGUGAACAGGAGUAUGGAUAUUCCAAGGAACUGGAUGCCACUGGGCGCGGGUGCCAACGCUGAACCGACUCCAUCAGGACUGGCGUCUUCGACGUCCGUAGCAAAUUGA